AUGAUUGAUCUCGGCGCCGGCACGGUGACCGACGUUGCCGAGUCCGUCGUCAAAGACCUCAACGCCGAGCACCGCGUGCUGGAGGAGCUGAGCAAGACGAAGAGCGACUACGAGAUGCUGCCCUCGUCGGCCUUUCUGCAGGAGGACAGCGAGCUGCUGAAGAAGGCUCCACCGGCGGUGUACAUUCCCAGCGAAGAGGGCGGUAAAACCCUUACUAAGGGCAAAAAGCCCCUCCCGAAGGCCUUCUCAAUGGACGCCUACGCGGCGAAGGUGCAGGACACGGACAUGGAGGUGAUCGACGACCGGGGCAUGUGCCUGGCCAUGCACCAGCCCUAUGCGACGCUGCUCGUGGCGGGCAUCAAGCGCUUCGAGGGACGCACCUGGUUCAGCACCUUCAAGGGCCGCCUGUGGAUCUACGCGGCGGCCCGCCGGCCCACCACCGAGGAGAUCACCGCCGUGGAGACCUUCUACGGCCACCUCGGCUUCAGCAAGUUCCCCCACCACUACCCGACCGGGGCCAUCGUCGGCUGCGUCACCAUCGACGACUGCCUUNUGGAGACCUUCUACGGCCACCUCGGCUUCAGCAAGUUCCCCCACCACUACCCGACCGGGGCCAUCGUCGGCUGCGUCACCAUCGACGACUGCCUUCCCAAUGAGGUGGUCCGGGAACAACACCCCGAGUGCGAGGUCGACUCGCCGUACGCCUUUGUUUGCAGCUACCCGAUUGCCCUCAGUCGGCCGCUGCCCGUGACCAAGGGUGGCGGCAAUAAGAUUUACAAGCUAGAGGCCAGCGUCCACAAGGCGGUCAAGUCGAUGCUCGGCUUCUAA